AUGGCAUCCACGGCCAUAGCGCCGCCGUCCAGACGACGUGCUCCUCGAGUCUGGUGGCUACGCACUUGGCCUGCCAGAGUCUCCACUUCAGGGAGUCAGAGAGGGCCAUGGCGGGUGUUCAACAUCCGGCUGGCCAAAUUGACGUUCCUCAAUGCUGAGGGCCAUAAAAAUUCGUUCGGUGCAGAUGAUGAUGCCUUUAGUCGCAGUGAAGGUGCUGGCGCCCUCGUCCUUAAGCGCCUGGGAAAGGCGCUUGCUGAGAGAGAUUCUUUCCGUGCUGUCAUCCAGACGACGGGCACCAACUCGGACGGGUGGACAGAAUGUGUGACGAUGCCUUCUGACGAGUAG